UGGAUUAGAUUUUUGCUUGAAGAGGUUAGGCUGUUAGGUGUUGAUUUUAAUUUUGUGAUAUCUGUCUCGCUGUCUUUGCUCUGGCCGGUAAAAUUUCCAGAAAACUAAGGUUCUGAUUCGGAAUUUAAAUAUUUCUAUUAUAUUGGAAAAAAUCAUAAAUCAUCGUAAAAUGGCCUGUCCACUUGCAGCAGAACGUGUCUGGGUAGAAAAAUCUCGCUACCAUGAUGCAGAAAGAGAAUACUAUGAGCGUUUGGCGAAGCUGCUAAAAGGAACGGUAAGCAAUACCAAUACCGAGACCCAAGCUCAAGUCCAAGACCGAAACCAACCCGAACAAGAAAAAGAACCAGAAAUUGAACAAGUUGUAGAAGAAUCUGUUCCUGUAACCGUAAGUCCGGAAAAAACCAAAGCUAAGAAAAAUAAGAAGAAUACGCGUAAAUCGCAAAGUCCUGAAGACAUGGCGUCAAUGGCAGGUGCGUUUAUCUUGAAAAAGGCAGUAGCCCAGCCCCAGCCAAAAAAAUCAAAGAAAUCCAAAGUAGCGGACUCCGAAGCUUCGUCUUCGAACAGUUUAUCCAAAGAUUUUUCGCCUGCAAAGGACGAAUCAAUACCAAUACAUUCGGAAGCUGCAGAGGAGACAAAGACCAAGAAAAAGAAGAAGAGAAAGUUCAACAAAGACGUUGUUGUAGAUAAGCAAGUGGAAGAGCAGGAAAACAUACCACCAAACCAAACGUCGUCGUCGAUUGAAACAAAAACUGAUAUUCAAGAUUCCACUAAGAAAUCAAAAAACCUCAAAAAUAAGGGACCGGCUUCAAAUCAGUGCACUUUAGUAUCAGAGAUAGCAAAGGCCAGACAGCACAUCAAAAAUUCACUUGAGAAGAUGGACGGAAUUGCAACUUUAGCCGCUUCACCAGCCUCUUCCGACAUCGUUGAUCGCUUGGCAGCAGUUGAAAAGGAUAAUGUUGAACUUCGUCAAUUGAUUGAGGGUUUGAAGAAAGUGUGUUUGCAGUCUGAGAACCGUGUCAAGUCACUCGAACAGAAACUGUCUUCCCUAAAUGUCGGCUCCGCAGCACCAGCAGCAACAAAAGCAGCACCCGCCCCUUCCAACAAAAACAAAGACGAAGAUGAUGACGGCGUUGAUUUGUUUGCCUCAGACUCGGAAGAUGACGAUGCUGAAGCCGCAAAAAUCCGUGAAGAACGUUUGGCCGCUUACGCUGCAAAGAAAUCAAAGAAGCCCGCUCUUAUUGCCAAGUCCAGCCUUGUUCUAGAUGUCAAGCCAUGGGAUGACGAGACUGACAUGAAAGCACUAGAGGCUGAGGUGCGAAAAAUUACAUCAGAUGGACUUCUCUGGGGAGCUUCCAAAUUUGCACCGGUUGCUUUUGGCAUUACAAAGUUGAGCAUCUCCUGUGUUGUUGAAGAUGAUAAGGUUUCUAUUGAUUGGCUUACUGAGGAAAUCGAGAAAUUAGAAGACUACGUCCAAAGUGUCGAUGUCGCUGCAUUCAACAAAAUCUAAACUGUUAAUUUUAAACUCAAAAUUGUAUCAACUCUGAAAUGGUUUUGCCAGUAAAAUGUUUGUGUAGAUGUUUUUUUGAAAAUAAAUAACUUAUAUUCAAUAUUCCAUUUUGAAAAAUAUA